AUGGUAAUUUCGCCAUCGCGUCGAAUCCUUUUAACUUUAUUUACUUCAAAAUCUUGUUCGCUUUGUAUUGAUGCAAAAUAUACCAUUGAGAAAGUUCAAAAAAAAAUUCCUUGCGAUUUUGAACAAAAAGACAUAAAAGCUCCGGAGAAUUCAGAUUGGUUUGAAAAAUAUAAGCAUGACAUUCCGGUUUUACAUAUCAAUAACCAAUUCAUCUUUAAACAUAGAAUAAAACAGGAUGAAUUGGAAAGGGUAUUAAAUAAAUACAAAGAAACCGGUACGGUUUAA